AUGGAUGAAAAACCAAUUUUGCUUGAUCUUGAAACAUUGUACCUAGGAAUUCCAGAUGAAUCUGUUAACCUAACUUUUCAAGACCUUGCUAAUGUGAAGACAACAACAAGUAAUCAACAUGUUUCUGAAGUUGCUAGCAAUAUUCCAACAAGGGCGAAUUCGUCAUCGUCGUCGCCUUUACCCUCACUAGCCAAAAUACCUAGUCUUGAUUUUAGCAAAGGCUUAGAAGCUUCCAUUCAACACAACCAACAUCAUCAUCAUCAUCAUGAUAUUGGCCGUGGUGGCUCGCCGUGGGGUCAUUUUGGGCAACCACUAGAGGAGAAUCGUGUACAUGUACAUGAUGCUCCUCAAUUUAGUCAUACAAGUGGAGGUGCAAAAAGUCCUCGAGAUACAAAGAGUCCUCGAUCAAUGACCGGUGGAGAUGAUCGUUCGACGUAUAGUAUGAGUUAUGAUGAUGUGAGUAUGGCGUCUGGGAGAGGCAGUGGUGGACGACGUCGACCUGGAAUUCCUCACACUAAGAUUUGCACCAUUUGUAGUACCUAUGUUUAUGUCUUCCGUACUAGAUGUUUGGUAUGUGGCCGAGUUUAUUGCUGCAGAUGCGUGAAGCUAGGAAUGGGAGAGAUGGUAGAAGGAAGAAAAUGCAUAGAAUGUCUUGGAUUGAAAUUCAGCCAAAGGUACAUAGAAAGAGCAGGGAAGGUAGGGUGUUGCAAUUGGAGGUAUCCAAUAACAAUGAAGCAAGUUGAGCUCAUUUGUGCAGAAAAAGGACCAAGAAGGAGUAGAAGAUCACAUACUCAAAGUGGUGUGACAACUCCAAGAUCAAAAAGUCCUAUAACACCAAGAAGCCCUAUAGCACCUAGAAGCCCUCAUGCUAUUGGUAAUAGCAAUGAACACUCUUUUGUCUUGUCUUCUUCAUUUUCUCCUUUCUCUCCUCAUCAUAUCCUAUAG